AUGGCGGGUAAUCGAUGUCAGUGGCGUUCGUGCUGUCAGUUUCCAGUUUGCUUGAGCGGUUGGAGGUGUAGGCACCUCAGUGCUAGGUACCCUCCUUCGUCCACCCUUUUCUCUUUUCACUCUAGGCGAAUACAGGCGUCCAAAAGAUGGCAUUUUACGAGCCGCCAUCUACGGAGACGAGUGUUGUUCUCCGUGCCUCCUUCAGCAUGGCGCAAACCGCGAGGUGGGCAGCACAUGACUUGGCAGAAAGGCUUGAAAGAGAUCACGAAGAUUUUGGGUGUUGUUGGUGUUGUAUACCUUCCAGGAUGGGGUCCCCGUGACCCCGUCUGUGCUUGGCUAGAGACGUAG